CAGGUCGCCCCGGGCCCUGCCCCUGCCCCGGGGGUGGGAGGCCGGUCCCGCUCCCUCCCGCCCGCGCCUCCGCAGCCGCCCCGCACCUGCCUCAGUAUGAACGGGGUCAGCGACCCCCCUCUUUUCAUAAAAGACAUUAAGGCCGGACUGAAAAACUUAAAUGUCGUCUUUAUUGUCCUGGAGAUAGGACGCGUGACCAAAACCAAAGACGGCCACGAGGUGCGGUCCUGCAAGGUGGCCGACAAGACGGGCAGCAUCACCAUCUCCGUGUGGGACGAGAUCGGGGGGCUCAUCCAGCCGGGGGACAUCAUCCGGUUGACCCGCGGGUAUGCUUCCAUGUGGAAAGGGUGUCUGACGCUUUAUACUGGAAGGGGCGGAGAACUUCAGAAAAUCGGGGAGUUUUGUAUGGUUUAUUCAGAAGUGCCAAAUUUCAGUGAACCCAAUCCAGACUAUCGAGGACAACCAAACAAAGGGGCACAUAGUGAACAGAAGAAUAAUUCCAUGAAUGGUAAUAUGGGUACAGGUACAUUUGGAUCAGUGGGAAAUGGGGUUCAGCCCAGCCCAGAACCACGGGGAUGCCAGUUUUCCUUUGCUGGUAGAAGCAAUGGCCGGGGGCCUGGGAACCCGCAGCCAGCUGGAGCAGCUGGUAAUCAGACAGGCACGGCCACAAUAAGUAAUGGCAGGGACCCUCGGAGAGCCUUGAAAAGAUGACCGAUGCCAAACACCACACGUAGUGUGUAAACUACGUGCCCUACUUGAACACGCACUGCACUUUUAUUUAUGGUUAACUGUGAAAACCGUUCUUUGUCGGUUUCCUUUUAUGUUUCUGGUUUGUUAACAAGAGUUGUUUGCUUUUAUAGCAAGACUGUUAAGCUGCUCGAGUCUCCUGUGGAAGAAUGGGAACACGCUGAAAAGUAGGGGUGUUGAUUUCUAGAGCCAAAAUGUCUUUGGGUAGCCUCAACAGCCUGCCCCCCGUCCAUGGGGGAGCUACUUAAGACAUCAUCAGCAUUACAGCCUCUGUGAGUCCACCUUCUGCGGACAGUUUGUAAUAUUUAAAAUAAGGCUUAGUGGGAGCUGUUCUCUGUCUUAAAGUCAGAUAUUGCCAACUAAAGUGAUGACCACAAAAAAAAAAAAAAAAAAGGCCACCAAAAACUUAAUCAAUGCUAACAGUGAUUUGUGAGUGUUUGUGACUCCUGGAAUGACUGGCUUCAUCAAUGAGUGGCUGCUAUUAAGAUUUUUCCAAGGACUGAAUCAUCCUCAACUCCUGUUUUAUUACCAAAAAAACCCCACAUUCUUUACCAGAAUCCGAUCUGUAGUCUAACGAGUGAUUUUUAGGAGAAAGCUGCGUGUACUUCAUGUUAGAGCAGUCCCAUCACUCUUCGUUAUCAUCCUUGUGUGUUACACUGAAGGAGAAUUUUAAAACUGAGGCCUUGAAUACUUUUUUGAAGCUAUCACGUCCAAUAUUAAAAGUAUAAUUUGAAGGCGGUAUAAGCCUAAUAAGCAUGGAUCUGAUUAUUGUUAAAAAUUAGGGGAAGUACACAUAGUGAAGGCAAUUAGAGUUGAAUCCAUGGAGAAAUCAGCCAUCUCGUUACAGGGCCCUAGGGACUUGCAGAAACUCAGCCAGCCUAGGUGCUUUCUUGACUUGGAGGGUGUGUGUGUGCUGUGUGGUGUGGAUUGUCCGCGUUCCUGAACACACAUGACCAAGCCUUAUCAGCAAAAGUUAGGAAAUGGCUCUCUCAGAAGCGAAGACAGCUUUAUUCAGAAAUGUACGAGUUUGCUCCUGUGUUGUAAAUGCUCCCCAGGUCCACUGUCCGUUGUGGGGUGGAUAACUGGCCGAGUUUCCUGUGUUAGAGUUCUACCUUUAUUAUGUCUUGAAUAAAAAUGUGCAUUCACGGUAA